UAAGGUCCCACUGAUUGCGACGCUGGAAACUCGAUUCGCCUUUUUUUAUGAUGGAAUUGUCGCCAAACAACCAGAUCGAGGACAGAAAACCCAUCCUAACCGCCGACGGCCUGGUGCAGACUUCGAACUCCCCCUUCGAGCCGACCAUAUCGCAGGAGACGCAGACGUCCAACGGAAUCGGCGGACAGUGCCAGUUGACGGUGGACCAGUUGGACAUUGAGAUUCUGCCGAUAAUCUACGACAUUGUGCGCUGCGUGGAAAAGGAUCCUUUGGAGAACGCCGUGAAGCUGCGCGAGUCCCAGGAUUGCAACCACAAGAUCUUUGAGCUGCAAAAACGAUUUGAGUCCGCCCGCGAGCAGAUCCGCCAGCUGCCCGGCAUCGAUUUUAACAAGGAGGAGCAGCAACAGCGAUUGGAACUGCUGCGCAACCAGCUGAAGCUCAAGCAGCAGCUGAUCCGCAAGUACAAGGACACGGAGUUCUAGACGGGAUUAGGGAGCGAAAGAACACGGCAAGAUGGUGCUGCGUACUGCUGAUGCGCUACCUGGCCAACAACGAGCAGCUCAUCCAGCGCAUGGCGGAUAGCUAUCCCAUGCGACGCGCUGCCCAGUUGGCCGUUUCCCUA